AUGUUCGGAGGCCAGAGAAAGAAGCGCACAGCCAUCGUGUCCAACCGAUCCUGGUUUUGCGUGCUUAGUAAGCACUGUGACGGCGGACACGACCACCUCCCGUGGGGGAAAGUCCUCUCAAACGGCAACACAGCGUGGUCCACAGCCUUAGAAAGUGCAUACUCAUGGGGACUGAGUAAAGCCCUCGUUCAAUGUCUUUUAGAUGGCCUGGGACUCCAGCGAGAGAAUAUGCCUCUCAGCUCGAAGCAACAGAAGCGUAGACUACUCGAGCCUGAGUUUGGCAAUAUCCAGAUCCUGCUCGACCCCCCUGCGGAAGUUCUGCGCACGGUGCCGCCGUGUACUCUACAAGGCGUCCUGGGGCUCCCUAAAGGAACCCGCCUCCUGCGAGUAGACAGGGCCUCUUUCCGAGCAGUGAUCCGCACUCCGCUGGACCCAGUGACCUGGUGUCAGCGAGCUAUGCAGCUUCCACAUCCUUCGCAUAGUCUGCAAGACCUCCCCACGCCAGUCGCGCUGGCAAAGUUCCGCACGUAUGAGUCUCGCAAACUGCGACGGAUUGUUGAGGAAUGCGAAGGAAAGGAGACCCGGGCCCGGUGUGGCCUGGACCCUUCAGUGCAGGCAGUGACAGCUCCUAAAAAGUCGGUGGCAACAGAACAACUGCUGUCGAGCGUCCAGCGCCCGGACCUGGACGUUGCCCGCCAAAUCCGAGAGGGUUUUCCCCUAGUAGGGUGGUUGGAGCCUUCCAACCUGUGGGAGAAGAGGCUGGAAGUUCCAGCUUUAACGCCACCUCACAAGAAGCCAGCGUGGGAUGGCUAUCGUUCCAAGACGAACGACAGCUUUCACCAGUCUCUCGGAUUUUCAGCGUGCGUUUCGAAGAACAAGAUAAGGCCAAUCGACAACCUCAAGUCGAGCUUAGUAAAUGCAGCCUGUGGCACCACUGAGAAAGUCUCUAUGGACAGCGUGGAUAACAUAGUACAGGCAGUUUUGCGCUGGCUCUCAGCCGAGCUCCCCGAUACACCCUCUGAUCGCCUAGUAGGCCGCGCCUGGGACCUUAAAAGUGCGUAUAAACAGCUCGCAGUGCAAGCGUCGCACAAGCAUUUUGCAUGGAUCUUCGUCACGGACCCCCAUACGUCCAGAGUCAGAGCCGCACAAUUGCAUAGUAUGCCCUUCGGAGCAGUCGCCGCAGUCCACGCCUUUCUCAGAUGCAGCGAGGCGCUCAAAGCUCUGGCCCGCGGCCUCUUCCUUUUGGUCACCGCCAGUUUCUUUGAUGAUUUUACCGUAGUGACACGCAAGGCGAGUGCUUCACACGUCGAACUGGUGGUCAAGGCAAUGUUUAACAAGCUCGGAUGGCUAGUAGCCGCAGAAGAGAAGAAAAACAUGCCCUUCUCUGAAGUCUUCGAGACCCUGGGCGUGGUGAUCGAUCUUAGUGAGCAACAUCUGGGACGCGUGAACGUGUCAAAUACAGCCAGACGUCUCUCAGAGCUUCAAGAGACCAUGGAGUCCAUGCUCACCAAGGGCACCACCUCGUUCGUCCAAGCCCAAAGGCUGCGAGGACGCCUCAUUUUUGCUGAGCAACAAUUAUGGGGCCGUAACACCCGCCGUGCAGUAAUUACAGUAGGAGAUGUUCCCGGGUCGGAUGAUUCCCCGGUUCCUCUUACGCAGUGUCAACGCGACGCAUUGAAGUUCUUGCUUCAACAUUUAUCACCAGGUAGACCCAAAACCUUCGACCUCGUGCCUCGUCCGAAAGCCUUCCUCUGGUUAGAUGGGGCGUGUGAGUACACGCCUGGAUCAGGAGUCCCACAGUGCGGUUUAGGGGCAGUGCUCAUCAAGGACGAAGCUCGUUUUGCAUGGGGGCACCUGGUGAGCAAGGACACGGCGCAGAAGUGGUCCGUUCGAGCCGGGAAACAACAGCUUGUGUUCGAGUGCGAACUACUCCCAUACCUGCUUAGUCUGCAAAGAUGGUAUGAGCAUUUGCGUGGCACCGACUUGUUUGUCUUCAUCGACAACAACGGAGCCCGAUCUUCCUUGGUCAAAGCCUUCACUCGAGUCGAGGAAGGAGCCAACAUCAUACACCAAGCCAUCGAGCUGGAGGAGCAAAUGCACGUUCGUGCUGCAAUGUUUCGCGUGCCCUCCCAUUCCAACAUAGCAGAUGGUGAGAGAGGACGUAGUUUUCAUGCCAUGGAUUGGCUCGGUGCUGAGCCACAGCACCAAACUUGCUUGGAAAGUGCCAAGAAGGAGAGAGAGAGAUUUUUGAGAGGGAAACAUGCAAAGUGGGAACGUCAGUGCAUAACAAGAUGCAUGCUUGUUUGGAUGUGUGCCCUGCUGCCAAUGUGGGAGACCCUGCCAGAGCAUCAAACGGCCCCAGCGCACUGGGAAAGCCGAUACCGGGACACCACGCAAGGGCCCCGGUCAGCAAACGCCACCUUAGAGAUCAACUGGUCCGUGCAGCACUCGCAGCCUCCCAAGCAGUCUUCGAUAGAAUACAUGACAAUGGCUGCAGAGAUCUGCACGCAAUGGAUCCGUGACGCACCUCCAGCAGGGGCCCCAGUAACCGUGCAAGAUCCGACACUCAAUUUGCAGUCUGCCUGCACCACAUAUUUCACCAGAGCGUACAGUCUCCCUCCUAGGGAGCACCCUCGCUCGCACUACCGAGCAGAUGGUCGCCAUCGCAGAACGGCCACGGAGCUGAGGCAACGGGGCUGGCAGUCGUGGGAAGGCCACAAUGAGUGGCGACAUGGAGCGACUGAGUCGACAGGGUGGUGGCAUGGCUGGAAUUCGUGGACCGAGCGUACCGAAUGGCACUCUGAGGAGGCGGAAUCGCAGGGCGACGGACAGCCAGGCACCGUCAGUGAUGGCCCCUCAUCUUCCUCGGCUCAGGCUGUGAAGAUCCAGGCCCAAGACCAAGGAGAGCCACACAUGGAGGAGGCCGAUGUGCCGGCCCCUGCAAUUAAUCCAGUCGUGGACGGCACCACACCUGACAUGAUGAACGAGGUACGGACCCCGACAGCUGACCCGGUGGCAUCGGAGACAACAACGGACGAGGAGGAGUUAAUCCCAGCAAAAGAGCAUGCCGCUGUGCAGCAUGCCGCUAUACAGUGUGGCCCGGUCACGUGUGACCAGGCCACACAGACAAGCGACAACGAGAGGCCAGGAAAGGCUGCAACUGGCAACUACACACCUCAGGGGCUGCCGCUGCAGAGCGUCGCAAUGAAGGCGGAUGAGCAUCCGAUUGAGGAGACAAGCGGUGAGGUCUGUGGUGCACGAAGAGGAGGCGACGCACGUGGUGCGGUCAGGAGGGCCCAAACAAUCGGCCCCGAGAGGGUGCCGCCGCACCAGGGACUAAAUGCUGCGGCAAGGCUACACCUGGGCAAAGCAAAGCAGCUUCUGGGCGAGCUCUUGCCUAGCAACCCGGGGGCGAGCCUCACGGCCUUCCAGAUGCAGGGACACUACAAGUUCAGGCACGACCUAUACCACAAAGCUCAGCAGGGUGAAGCCUACGACAUCCGGGGCCAGCACAUCGACAGCCCGCUCCUCACGGAUAACGUCGGUCGUUGGAUAUGGUCACUGGUUGGUGCCCUGCUGACGCAUGACAAGCUCGGACAGGUGCAGAGCUGGCAAACAGGAGGAGAUCUCGUUGAAUCCUGGAUGCACUCCCUAUGGACGACACAGGGUCAGGCUGAGCUAGACAUCCUUGCCGGCGUUUCCCGCCUCGCCAGCCACUUGCACGAUGGGCUGCAAAAUUUGCCCCGAGCACUGUAUCUUCAGCUGCAGUGGAAGACGCAUUGGCCAGAGUUUUUUCAGGCGCUCAUGCCAUACCUGUAUAGGCCUGACUGCAUUGACGGCCCCCUAGAGGUCAAAGCUGCCUCCGAGCCACAUCCAAUUUGUGCAGACACUGCCUGGACAUCUUCGGACUCGCAGGCUGGCGCAGGCAGCCGCGGGAGCCGAUCAGCCGGCACCACUCAGCGGGACGCCCCAGCACAGAGGGUUCCGGCUGAGGGAACCCGGGAACGCGACACACCAGAGGGGUGGCCGUGGACACUCCUGGAUGCGAAUUCCGUCAGCGCUCCCACUCCUUCGGCCCAGCGUGCCCAGACGGCCUCAUCCUCCAGCACUGCGGUCACCGAGCCUCAGGACCAUGAACAGGACCACGACAAGGGCAGCGCGCAGGACAGGAGCCGUACCCCGGCCCGCAGAUCAGCCCGAGACCCGAUAAUCACCUCCAGGACGGAUGCAACACCGGACAGUCCUACACGACGUGAUGACAUUAACGGUGUCCUCACUGAGAUCUUGCGAGAACCGGGUCAUCGCUACGGGGUGCAAGUCAGACAAGACGGUUUUGCCUCGGCCAUCGAGCUAGCCUGCAGCCCUCUUCUGCAGGCACAUGGCAUCAGUUUAGGGGACAUCCGCUGGAUUGUUGAUGUCAGGGACAGACAGCGCUAUCAAUGGUGCGACAUCCAGGGCUCCUCCCACAUACGCCUAAUCAUGAGCCGGGACCUGCCGACCGACAUGGGAGGCACACCCCAUUUCUCCUCUCCGACGGCCCCCACAGGGAGUGCCGAAAAGGUGAUCGAUUCCUUCGUGGCUGGUGAAAAUCAGGGCGCAGGUCUAGGAGUUGGACAGCCCAGGAAUAACACCAGGCAGUUAUCCUACAUGCACGGCCCUGCUGGGGAGCCGGAUCUGCCAACCCCUCAGUGGAAGACGAUCAGUGGUCGACUGAAUCUAGGAGAUCUAAAGAGGUGGGAAGAUGGCGGGGGGCGCGCCUUUAUGCCGGACACCAAAACUUAUGCAUAUUUGUAUCUGGUUGUCCCACAACCCAUCCGCCGACAUCGUCUUCCCAGAGGGGCAGCCGAGCUCCUGGAAUGGAGCGAGACGGAGGAUGAGACAGUGGUACCCCCGGCCUCAAAGAGGCAACGGACAGAUGAGACGGCCUCUGGUGAUGGCCAGCAGCAGAUUGACGGCCCCACGAAGGAGCCGAGGACACCUCAGCAAUGGGUGCUCCGUGCAGCGGACACCAGCCAGAUCAUCGACCUGGACGAUUACAAGGAGCCGAAGAAGGCAUCAGAGUCCCCCGCAGCGCCGGCACUCACAUCCACUCAGAUGUGCAAGGCCUUCUUACAUGACCUCAGGGCACUACGACCGGCAGACCAAAGACGGCGAGCCCAUAAGCUCCUCCAGCACUGGGAGGCAAUGGAAGAACGACUUGGAAAGGACUAA